AUGUCUGAAACAAAGUCAACAUCAACUAGUACAUCAUCGACGACAUCGACAGCAGCAGGAGGAGCAGCAUCGAAUGGAACUUCAACGACGGCUGCUUCAAACGCAAAGAUAGAGAGCAAGGUAUUCCAUGCUCGUUUAAAGUGCAUCUACGACUCAUGGGACAAUGCUGAGAAUGAGCCCUUUUGGAAGGGUGCCGAUGCCCUGGUGUUGGCACUCGGUCAGCCAGACGACGAGAACCCAUACCAAAAGGUUGUAAUGCUCCAAUCAUGGCUCUUUGGCUACGAGCUACGUGAUACCAUCGUUGUCUUCCUCAAGAAGAGCGUUCACUUCCUUUCAAGUCAGAAGAAGAUUGCAAUCUUUGAGGCAAUUGAGAAACCAGAGACAGGCGAGGCCAAGCCAUUCCACUUCCACACGAUAAACAAAGCAGACAACAACAAGGCCAACUUUGAGGCUAUAUUGGACGAUGUCAAGAAGUCAAAGUCAGGAAAGAACCUAGGUGUCAUACUCAAGGAGAAGUUCAUUGGUGAGUUCGCCAGGUUAUGGGAGGAGGCCAUGGAUGGCUCAGGCUUGAACAAGGUCGACAUCACUCAAGGACUGUCCUCACUCCUUGCCACAAAGGACCCAUUAGAGAUUAAAAACAUCAUAUACUCGGCAAAGAUCACUGAUAAGGUGCUAAAGUCAUUCUUGUUGCCAAGGAUCGAGACGAUCAUUGAUAAGGAGGAGAAGGCAACACAUUCUGAGCUGACCAACUACACGCUCGACAUAUUCAACACACCAGAGAAGAUCAGCACUCGUCUCACCAAAGACACAGUCGAUUACGCCUACCUGCCCAUCAUUCAGAGUGGCGGUGUCUACGACCUCAAGUUCAACGCCACGUCCAACGACGACACUCUGCACUUUGGAACAAUCGUCGUAUCGCUGGGCUCGCGAUACAAGGGCUACUGCUCCAACAUUGCCCGUACCUACUUUAUCGAUCCCGUCGAGGAGCAACAGUCCAACUAUGCACUCCUCCUCAAUGUGCUCAACACCAUCAUCAAGAACCUAAAGGUUGGCGUCAAGUUCAACCAGGUCUACGAGAAGGCCACUCAGUUUAUCGAGCAACAGAAGCCUUCAAUGCUCAAGUACUUCCUAAAGAACUGUGGUUAUGGUAUUGGUCUUGAGUUCCAAGAGUCAUUUGCUGCAUUCAGCGCAACAAACCAAAAGGUUAUCAAAGCAGGCAUGGUCUUUAACAUUGUGGUUGGCUUCCAGAAUGUUGAGGCCGAGAAGUUCAAGGACGAGAAGUCAAAGGUGUACUCAAUGAUGUUGUCCGAUACGGUGUCGAUCGAUGAGGAGUCCAAGGUGUCAGUGCUAACGAGCGAGUCUGGCAAGAAGUCAUCCGACGUCUUUUACUUUAUCGAGGACGAGGCCAAUGGCGACGUGGACGAGCUCAGCACCAAGGACCCGUCGUUGAUUCUCGAGAUGACCGACGACCUCAAGGCCAUCUCUGGCAAGAAGAGAGACAUCAAGAGAACGGUGGAGGAGAAGAGAAAGGACCAUCAAUCAUACCUGGCCCAGAAGAAGCUCGAAGAGACAGAGGCCAGAAUCAGGGCCAUGGAGAACAAGGGUGACAAUACAGGCUCAAAGCAGGCCUUCCUCGACGACUACUCGAGCGUGGACAACAAGUUGGAGCUCUACGCCAAUGGCACACAAGGCUACCCUGCCGAGGUCGUCAAGAACAAGAUCACGAUCGAUCAGAAGAAGGACUCAAUCCUGCUUCCAAUCUACGGCUACAUUGUGCCAUUCCAUAUCUCGACCAUCAAGAACGUGUCCAAGAUGGAGGAGUACCUGCGUAUCAACUUCAACAACCCCAACUCGUACACACCCGAGCAGAGGGAGACCAUCCCCCAUCAGCUUAUGUUCAUCCGCGAGGUCACCUACCGUAUCCUGGACGCCAAGUCGCUGAACAACUACCUUCGUCUCAUCAAGGAGAUGCGCAAGCGAGUGACAUCGCGCGAGUCUGAGAACAGAGAGAAGAGCACACUGAUUGCCCAGGAGAAGCUGAUCCUGACCAAGGGCCGCAUCCCCAAGCUGUCCGAUACAUCAGUGCGUCCAACUCUUUCGGGCCGUCGUUCGCUCGGCAACCUUGAGGCUCACGAGAACGGUCUGCGAUUCACCCCAACUGGCAACAAAGACAAGACACCCAUCGACAUCCUGUACAAGAACAUCAAGCACGCGCUCUUCCAGCAGGCCGACCAGGAGUCCACCGUGUUGGUUCACUUCCAUCUGCAUAAUGCGCUGAUGAUCGGAAAGAAGAAGUCCAAGGACGUCCAGUUCUACUCGGAGAUCUCUGAGAUGUCGCAGUCGCUCGACAUGAACAGCCGCUCGAUGAACGACGAGAUGGACGAGGAGGUGAGAGAGCGCGAGUUCAAGAAGAAGCUCAACAACGAGUACCAGGCAUUUGUCAAGCGUGUCGAGGAGAUUGUGCCCGGUGGCUUUGAGUUUGACAUACCCUACCGCGACCUGGCCUUCUACGGUGUGCCCAACGUCACCACCGUCCUCCUGCAACCCAGUGUCCAGUGUCUGGUCAACCUGCUAGAGACGCCCUUCUUUGUACUUACGCUGGACGAGCUGGAGAUUGCAUGCUUUGAGCGUGUGAGCCGCAACCUGCGUAACCUAGAUCUGGUCUUUGUCUUUAAGGACUUUACACGUGUGCCCAUCCGUAUCAGCACCAUCCCCAGAGAGUACUUUGAGCACAUCAAGGAGUGGCUUGACCAGUGCAACAUCAAGUUCUACCUGUCCGAGAGGAAUCUCAACUGGAAGAAGAUCAUGCAAGAGAUCAAUGCAGACCUCAGACAAUGGAAUGAAGAUGGUGGAUGGUCUUUCCUUGAGCCCGAUGGAUCAUCUGACGAUGAGGAAGAUGAUGACGACGAAGACUAUGUUCCAUCAGAAGAUGAAUCAGAUGUGUCCAGUGAUUAUUUGUCCUCUCAAUCAUCACUAUCAUCAGACUACUCUGAGGAGGAGCCAGAGUCAUCUGGCGACGACUGGGAGGUGUUGGAAUCAAAGGCUGCGGCCGAGGACAGACGUUCAAACUAUGAAACAGUUAAUGGUGGCAGUGGAGUGGUCGAUAGCAACAACAAGAGAAAGAGAGAUCUGCCUCCUCCACCAAAGAAGACCACUGGUCCUUCAUCAUCCUCCUCCUCCUCAUCCAAGCCAAGCAGCUCCUCAUCAUCAUCAGCUACAAGACCAUCAAAGCCCAGCAGCAGCAGCAGCAAGACUGGCAGUAGCAGCAGCAAACCAAGUAGCAGCAAGCCAAGUGGCAGCAGCAGCAAACCAAGCAGCAGCAGCAGCAAGUCAAGCAGCAGCAAGACAAGCACCACUAGUACAUCAUCAUCAUCUAAAAAGAAAUAA